AUGUUUACCAACAGGAUCGUGUACAGAAACUGAAAAAUAGUGUUGGCAGAAUAGAAAUGGAAAACACCGAUAUGAAGGAGAAACUACGUGCAUGUGAGCAGCGAGCUACACUCCUCGAUGACUCGAAAGGAAGACUCGAAUCAGAUCUUGGUGCUACCAAAAAAGCUCUUAGUGAAAAACAGAUGGAAAUUGAGAAUCUAGUCGUCACCCGGGAGAAUUACAACCGAACUAUUAGAAGUCUUGAAGAUCAAAACUCUUCACUCAAGGGCAAAGUAGAGGACCUGAAGACCCGCAUGGCUGCCAUCUCUAAUUCUGAAUCCGAACUGAAGGACAAGCUGUCUUCCAUUAAUCGCUCGCUGAAGGAGACAGUGUCGUCAUCCAGCAGCAUGCAAGAAGAACUCUCCAGGUCUCAGAAUCUUUUGUCUCGAAGUGAAGCAGAAAGACGUCAGUUGGAUGAGAGAGUGGCUGACUUGCAGAGUGCAAUGUCAGAACUCAAACGACAAAAGGAACAACUUUCAGAGUCCAAAAAUAAAGUUCAGCAAGAUCUUUCUAAUGCUGAGUUAAGGAAUGCUGAGUUAGAGAUGACUAUGAAGUCUCUUAGAGGGAGCCUUGGUGAGCGAUCAUCAACGACAGAUGAGCUUAUCUCAAAGGUAACCCGUCUAGAGCAAGAGAAGUCUGAACUGCGCUCUCAACUUGCAGAUCUGGAGAGGAAGUUGGCCAUAAGUGAAGCUGAAAAAAAGGACAUUGAAAAGGCAGAAUUUAGACUUGAGAAGGACAGAACAGACCUUAAGAAGAUUUUAAAUAAGUAUGAGCAUGAUCGUCAGCGGCCAACCUCUGAACAGCCUGUGCUAGAUUCCAAUAUUAGUGCUCUUCGCAUUGAGAAUAUGGAGUUACGACGGAAGAUUGAUGACCUGGAGACUGUGAAGACGAGAUGCAACAGAAACACCUGAAGGAGACUCUUGAUAUGAGUAGUGAUCAUCGUCGAGAGCGGCAAGUCGACAGCGAAAAGAUUCGCCGACUCACUAAUCAGCUGGAGGCUCUACGACAAGAGAAGGAGCGAUGUGAGCUAAGACUCCACUCACUUGAGCAACAG